AUGGAGGGAGCCAGUGCCACCGUUUUCGUCACCGUCCAGAAGAUCUACUACCCAUUGCUUUGCAUCAUGGGUAUUCCAGCCAACCUCUUCACAUUCUACAUGAUCUGCUUUCGUAAAUGCGGGAUGUCCAACACAGCCAUCAUUUACCUGAGCUGUCUGUCCAUCGUGGACACCUUCUACCUGGUGUGGGUGAUCCUCAUUGACCUGACCCUCACCUUCUGGCUAGUGCAGCCCUUCUGGCACUCCCAUCCCUGGUGUGGCAUCCUGGGGUUCCUGCAAUAUGGCUCGCUCUAUAGCUCCUCCUGGAUCGUGGUGGUGUUUACCAUCGAGCGCUACCUCGUGCUUCGCAGUACGGCGGCCAAGCGGCACUUCUGCCAGGCCUGGGUCACUAAACUGACCUGUGUUGCUAUUGUCCUGGUGUCGCAUCUUGUCUCUGUGCCGCUGGGCUGGAUCAACACUGUCACACCUGUCAACUUCACCGUGGACGGAGAGAAUAUUACGCUGCCCAGGUGUAACUACCGCGAUAAGAUGUACUCUACAGUUAUUGUGUGGAUAACUACUUUCCUCUCAGGGGGAAUCCCCAUCGUGUUGGUCAUCAUCUUCAACUACCUCAUCGGACACCAUCUGUGCCGUGCCACAAAGCUCUUCACCAAGGAGGAGCGUCGCGUUAUGCAUGGGAGGAGCACCAGGGGCAUGUUGAGGAGGACCAUUCUGGUGUUGGGCACUGUCUCCGUGGCCUUCGUCGUCCUCAGCCUGCCCCGCUUUGUCACAUACUGCAUCCUCAGGACCAAAUACAACAACGACAAAUUCAACAGGAACGACUACAGCAUGCCCAUCAAUGUGGCCGGAGACUUGGCAAACAUGCUUCAGAACCUCAACUCCACCACCAACUUCCUGCUCUACUGCAUGGUCAGCCGGAACUUCCGGCGGGAGCUCGUCCGGGUGGCGACGUGUAAGGCGAAGGCCCUUGAGCUGGGCUCCAUCCUCACCCACACCACCAUGAAAGUCUUCUCAGUGGUUGAUCAUAAGGCCUCGCCAUCCAGUGAACCAGUGACUGUGGUGCUAAUCAAUCUCAAACUGACAGAGUAG